UUCACUCUCGUCAACACCAACCCCUCAACUAUUCCCGCUCCCAGCGCUUUCCUUCACAGUAGUGCGGCCCAGGAUGCUGCGCUCUUCUGUUGCCACGGGACGCCAGGUGCUGCUGUCCUCCGCUCGCCAACGGACAGCCGCACAAUGGCUGUCUAGAGCUGGAGCAAGCAGCCGGUUCUCGAAUCAGAGAUUUUUCGCCGACGUUAAGCCUCCUACCACCGGUGCUCCUACCCCUGUUACCCCGUCCUCCGCGUCGCCUGUGCCUCCGGAGACCGUCCUUCCUAAGCCGGAGUAUACCGAGCAGGGCUCUGAAGCUCCUCCUGUUGCGCCCACUCCCACUCCCAAGAAGGGUGGACGUUUCCGCCGAUUCCUCCUCUACUUGCUCCUCACCUCGGGCUUCGCAUAUGGUGGUGGUAUCUUCUUGGCUCUGAAGUUUGACAAUUUUCACGACUUCUUCACCGAAUUUAUCCCUUAUGGCGAAGAGAGUGUGCUGUAUUUCGAAGAACGAGACUUCUAUCGCCGGUUCCCCAACACCCUGAAGAGUCACGCUCGCUUCCCUACCCGUAGGGAUGAGAGCAAUCAGAUCACAAUCCCCAGCAAGAGCGGACUGACCUCGAAGAUCACCGAGGUGGAGUCAUCUGGAGCCGAUGUCUCGCAGAAGGGCCCCCACAUGAGCUCUGUUCAGAAGGACAAGAGCCAUGAAGCGCAGGUCAAGCCUGAGGCUGCUAAGCCCCAGGAGAAGACCGCAGCAGUCGAGAAGGUGAAGGAUGACAAGGCUGUUAAGGAGGAGGUGCCUAAGCCGGUUCAGAAGGAGGAACCCAGACAACCUGCCAUCCCCGCAGUCGCCCCCCUUGAGUUUGCUAAGGUCAACGAGGGGGACGAGGAGAUUGUCCAGGAAUUGGUCAAGACUUUCAAUGAUAUCAUAACGGUCAUCGGUGCCGACGACAGCGCCCCUAAGUUCUCCAAGCCCGUUGAGAAGGCCAAGGAAGAGCUCCAGAAGAUCGGAGAGAAGAUCAUCGCCGUUCGGGAAGAGGCGCGCCGUGCUGCUCAGGAGGAGAUCAACCAGGCCCACGCAACCUUCGACGAGUCUGCCCGUGAGCUCAUCCGUCGCUUUGAGGAGUCCCGUGCGGCCGACGCUGCUCAGUACCGCGAAGAAUUCGAGGCGGAGCGUGAGAAGCUGGCUUACGCUUACCAGGAGAAGAUCCGCACGGAGUUGCAGAGGGCUCAAGAGGUGGCUGAACAGCGUCUCAAGAACGAGCUGGUCGAGCAAGCCAUUGAGCUCAACCGCAAGUAUCUCCAUGAAGUGAAGGACCUGGUAGAGCGUGAGCGGGAAGGCCGCCUCAGCAAGCUUAAUGAACUGACGGCAAACGUCAGCGAGUUGGAGCAGCUCACCACCGGCUGGAGAGAGGUCAUCGAUACCAACCUCAAGACCCAGCAGCUUCAGGUCGCCGUGGAUGCUGUCCGCUCGGUCCUUGAGCGUUCUGCUGUCCCUCGCCCAUUCGUGCGUGAGCUUGUUGCCGUGAAGGAGCUGGCCGCCGAAGACCCUGUCGUUGAUGCGGCUAUUGCCUCGAUCAACCCUACCGCCUAUCAGCGCGGAAUCCCUUCCACAUCCCAGGUCAUCGAGCGCUUCCGUCGGGUAGCCGAUGAGGUUCGUAAGGCAAGUCUCCUGCCCGAGGAUGCGGGUAUUGCCAGCCACGCUGCCAGCUUUGUUCUGAGCAAGGUUAUGUUCAAGAAGGACGCAGUUGCUGGCAGCGAUGAUGUCGAGAGUGUUCUCUGCCGGACCGAGAGCCUUCUGGAAGAGGGCAAUCUGGAUGCCGCCGCCCGUGAGAUGAAUAGCCUCAAGGGAUGGGCCAAGAUCCUGAGCAAGGACUGGCUGGGUGAAGUGCGCAGAGUGUUGGAAGUGAAGCAAGCCCUGGAGUACUUUACUUGGGCAAGCCCAUGUCCACUUCACCCUGUGAGCCGAACCCCUUUUUACUCCGGCGGGACGGACCCCCAUUUCGUUGCCCUGGUUCUAAUGUCGCCCAAGACCAAUGAACCGCCCACCGCAUCCUAUCCAACCCCUAGCGCGAAUGACACACCGUCAGAUUCUCGCCAACCUCGAAUCGAUCCCCAUGACGCAUCCGUUCGACUGACAGAGUUGCAGAUGAAUGAGGGACGCGCGAGUGGCGAGCUGGAGGGUAGCACGCUAGGCAGUAGCUCUCGAGAUGGCGAUAAGGGAAGUCGAGUCCAACGGCGAACACAAAGCUCCGGUGGAUUUUUCGUUGAUUCAUCAUUUCUACCGGGCUCGAGAAGUCUGAAGAACACCCAUCAACUCCUCCGCCGCUCGGGUUCUGAUCGGAGGCAGAAGCGCGAAGCUCCCGAGCCGGGUCUUGAGGCGUACAAGAAACGAUCGCGUUUUCCGUGGAGUCGUCAAAAGGAGGAGAAACCUGACUCGGUCGAGGCUACAACAACUGAGGAGGCCACCAUUCCUUGGCAGGUGACAGAGGAUGCGGCAGGCCAGGAGCAGGGAACGGAACCGCUUGAGAGCCAGGCUACUACGGGCCUAGACAAGGAUUCUUUACAGAUUGUGAACCUGGCAUUGAAUUUGAGCGAGUCGAGGGACAGGAACAGUCUAGGGCGCUCGGCUUCCAGUCACUUUCCAGGCAGUCGGAGGAUAGUGUCAGCCAGCCAGCCCACUGCUUCAUACCCUAACACUCAACCUAUUGCUUCUGCGGGCGGCCUUCGCCACAGUAGCUCCCAACGUCAUGAUACUGUGCACGCAUGGAGUGACCGCUACAAUAAGCCUAGCGUUCCUGAAAGGGUGGACUUUCCGGCACAUACCCCGUCUUCGGUGCUCAGUCUGCUCCCUCAGUCAGUCGACUCCGAAGCUUUGCCUUCUGGAGCUUCAGAGAGUACCCUGAUUCGGGCUGAGAAGGCCCGGCGUCACUUUGAGCUAUUUUCCGAGUACCUAAGACUUCUUUCUUCGCUUCCUCCUCUCGAGCAUCUCGAUCCGUCCGCUGCAGAUUCCGUGUCUGCCGCGAGUAACAGCGAGCCUUCCUCCCGAACAUACAACCCUCUCCAGUGUAUACGUAACCGCAAAGUGAGAUUUCGUGAGCGGUGCAUUAUUGAUGCUGAAGCAGAGGGAUGGUACGACACCGAUAGGGUGCAUGAAUGGGUGGACUCUGUGGAGUCGCUCUACAGUCAUCGCAACCACAGCCCCGUGGAACGUCUGCAACUUCCGUCUUUUCAAAAGUCGAGGAAACAUGUGCCUCAGGAACCUCAAAUUGAUGUUGAUCAUCUUGCAGCUUCUCCACCCUCCAGCCUGAGACGUGCUAGUCGUACCAGCAGCGUGAAAGCGCGCAGGCCGCGAUCAGACUGGGUGAUUGACCCGGCAGAAUUGCUUGCCGAUGCUGCAUGGGUUGAGGACGACCACAACAAGAGCAAGUUGGUCGAUAAGGACGGAAACUACCUCUAUCCAGACUCAAAUAUGUUGAUAGAUGUCGGUAUGCACGACGCCGGUCUCAGUUUAGAGGAAAAGCUGCAGCGCCACCGAGAAUCUAUGGAAUCGGAACGGUACACUUCCCGUGCAUCUUUAUCCGACGCUCAUCCGAGUGUGACAAGCGGCGCGCGUGGGAGACAACGGCACAGAUUUCGAAGUUCUGGUCGAAGCACGCAUGAUAGUGAGGUUUCGGUCAGAGAAUUCGAGCCAGGAAGCCGCAAACUUGGCUUGUUCAGUAGCUCUGCGAGCACUUCCAGCGCAGAUGAUCGCCUAUACCGGUACACACAUGCUGACAGAGCAAUCUCUCCUGGAAAAUACCAUAUGCCCACGCUUGAUGCAUCUAUCACUAGGGGCUCUGGGGCAUAUUCUGAGGACGACAGCCUCAAGGGAAUCAAGUAUAACACCUACGGUUCCUUUCCGCGCAACAAACCCGGUCAUGUUUCAGCCAAGGCUAGGUCAGAAGGAAAGCGGAGUUCUAUGUCGUCCGUGCCGAGUAUCGAUGAUCGUUACGGUCCUUUAACGAACAUGGCAACUGCCGAGAGCAGGUCUCCCGACAUUCAUUCCCAGUUGGGUGUGUUUCCCAGCAUUGCAAGCAACUUGUCUCCUCCAUCAAGCCGGUCUCCCUCGCCCUCCAAAGGUCGCUUCUCCCGGGCCCGUGGCUCACGGCACGAGCGCAGCAAGAGUAAUAUUCGCUCCAAGGACAAUGCCGACGAGAAUAUGGAAGACGCGGACGCUGUACGUCAAGAUAGCUUGUCCGAGGCAACUGGCCGCAUUGGAUCGGAGCCGAAUCCGCUUACCUACCAGAUCUCAUCGUCGUCGUACCAGGAUGAGAUUAAUAGACUGCAAUUUCCGAUGCGGAAGGAUACAACCCAGACAGAAUCAAGGUUACGAGGUAUCCUGAAGGGACCUGGAAAGAUAGCUGAAAAAGUGGGCAAUGAGAUGUCGAAAGUGGGAGAUCGCAUCAAGAAAAAAGACUCUUUGGCACAUGCCCGAAAGCCUUCGCUGUAUAGUCUCAGCAGUUCUGACUUCGACAUGCCAGAUGAGGCUGAGGAGAUGAAAAGCGACAAAUUGUCGGGCGCUAAGUCUCUUUUACGUCGGCUGCCUACCUUUGCAGAUGAUUCGAAUCGGGCUCUGCGCAAAAACUUGGAUAAAGUCGGCACAAGCAACGAUGCAUUGCUGUCGCCGUCCUUAAUGUCACCUGCUGGACAGGAGCAAUUCACUCAGCAUCCAAGCUCUGAAUCUACUAAUGUACCUGGCCAGGCUGCCGAAGCCAACAUCCACCGCGAUCAGGACACCUCUCAGAGGGACGUUGGGAGUUUCCCGACUGACCUUGCAAGUAGGCCAGAUGUUCACGCGCCAAUUACACGCUUCGAAAAGCUGAGAUUCGGACCCGAAAUACAUACAUUCCAGGAGCAAAUCAACAAAGGCAGGAUCCGGGAUCAAUCUGUGCCUUUCAGCCUCACCCGACCCCCUGUCACGGGUCUCGCGCAAGCCGGAGUAGAAGCCACCCCAGCGUCCUCACACAGACGCCCUGCGCUGGACGCCCAGUCUAGUAGUUGGAGCAUCUCCAACCGCAGUAUCUCCACUUCGCUGGUUAGCGGUAUACCUGGGAAGCGGGAGGUUGAACGAACCCGAGCACUUCUCCUUUCUUCAGGAAUCAAGGCUCGGGAAAUCACCCGUCGGGCCGACACUGUGCGCGAACCACCCCCUGAAUUCCUCCUACGCUCGUAUGACGAUGGUCCCGUACCCGUGCCACGGGUUACACGGCUGUGCGAGUAUGAUGCGGCGGCGCAGGGACUGCUCCGAAGGUUCGAAGAAACCAACCGGGCCUUCCAGCAAGCCAUGGGCAACUUUUCGGGCUCGGUGUCAUCGCCGCUCACUUCUCAGCUGAGCAGACUUGAGAAGGUGGUCAAUGAGAGCAUCAGCCCGCGUGUGCAAGCCGCAACUCAGGAUGCCGAGGAUCUGAGCAUCCAGCUUAACACCACAAGCACCCUUGCGGUAUCCGUAGGCGUCAUCGCCGGCUGCGCUGGGUCCGGCGCACAGGAUAUACCCCCAGCAAAACAACAACAGCGUUUACACGAUAUGCCUCUGAUGAAAGGUUUGUUACACGGCCGGACAAUCUCCGACGCUGAAGCACAGCAGGAAGGGAGCCUCCGACGCUCCAACGCGGUCAAACACCACAAGCCCGGCGAAGAAGUCCCGCUGACGCCACCGAACCCGAAGCGGCAAGCAGUCUACUACCCUCCCGAUCAACCCCAGAAGCUUCCCACCCGCGAAACCAGUGUGAACACCGGCCCGGGCGUCAGCACGCCCAAGGCGAUGAAACCGAGGGUGCGGACGACCACCCUCAGUUCGGAGGGGAGUCACGUCUCCGGAACGGUGAAGGCUCAGCAGCAGCAGCAGCACCAGCGACGCAAGCAGGAGGAGAUGGACGACCAUCAGUGGCGGUUACAGCAGUGGGUGGAUGAGCAGCAGCAGCGCGCAGCGCUGGCACGCUCGUUGACCCUGACGCGGAAGCCCGUGCCACAGCCACAAACGCUGCCGCUGAAGCCGGCGUUGAAACUGCACCCUCAGCUGCAACCACAGCAACCGCAGCAGCAACAGCAACAGCAACAGCAACAGCAACAGCAACAGCAACAGCAACAGCAACAGCAACAGCAACAGCAACAGCAACAGCAACAGCAACAGCAACAGCAACAGCAACAGCAACAGCAACAGCAACAGCUGCCGCCGCAUCAGCCUGCCGUGUACCACCCGGCCUCCCCUUCCGAUCUCCGUCGGCCGUUCUUCAAGAACGACGCGGAGGUCGCUACAUGUGUGAAGGGCACUUUCUAUGAAAACCGCCGCACGCACAGGCCGGAUACUAUCCUGAGUAGGUCAAUCCAAUCGGUGCCCGCGCAGAAGAAGGUGCAGUUUGUUGCGCAUACCUCGCGCCCCGUGUCCCGGGUCGCCUCGCCUGUCGACGAGGUCUCCGAUAUGAGAUACGCCGCUCGGAAGCCGCCGCGCAUGCAUGUUCCCCGGUAGAUUUAGGGUGUCGGUAAGUUCAGGCUGCUGGGAGCUGCGCUGGCUGGUUUUCGUGGCUUCGAGACGGCAGGCGGGUGUUGGCUGGCUUCUGUGCAUUGAGGGAGUUCGGUCCCUGCUUUUAGCAGUGGUACUCGGUGGGUUGGCGUCGGCUGGCUGGAAGGGUUAGCAUUACUAGGUUUGUGGGAGCGUGGGGUUCAUGGC